AUGGGAAGUCUAGUCUGUGAGAUUGAGGCGGCCAUCAAGAUCCAAGCCUGGUGGAGGGGCCUGCUGGUGCGACGGACGUUGCAGCACGCAUCCCUCCGUGCCUGCAUCAUUCAGUGCUGGUGGCGGACUGUGCAGGCCCAGGCACUGGACAAGAGACGGCGGACGAUGCUGGUGCUCUACUCGCGGCAGGAGAGCGCCGUGGUCAAGCUGCAGGCGCUGGCGCGCAUGUGGAGGAUUCGCCGCUGCUACUGCCGGGCGCGGAUUGCCGCCUGCAUCAUCCAGGCAUACUGGCGCUGGUAUGCCAGACGAAACCGAAAACCAGAGAGCGACCACGCGACGGCAGAGCAUUUGGAGAUCGAUAUAAAAAUUCUGGUUUAA